AUGCAAGCUGCUUUGUUGGUGGUCCUCAUAGGUGUUUGGAUCGUUAGUGCCUGGUAUGAUCCAGUGUUCGUUAUUCAGCUCGCGAGGAUCUCGAAAAACAGAAGCGACAAAGAUUUGCUACACGCUCUCGAAAAUAAUGCUAUUCUAAAGCGCACUACGAAAGAAGCAGUUGUCAACGACAUUCUUAAAGAGCAAGACGAGAAAACCCAGAAAGCUUAUGCAGCUAUAGUGCAAAAGACAAAGCAGUCGCGUAAAGCAGCCUAUGACAAAGUACUAUCGAAGGCUGGAGCAGAUCAAGCAGUGAAGAACUUCUUUGAACAAGCUGAAAAGAUCAACAAUGACAUGAACAUCUCAGAUGGUGAUGCAGAUAGGAAGAUGAAGGAAUUGAGAGCAAAGCUGAACCAAGAGCAGCGCAAACUUGUGACAGAACUGCAGUUUUACCUGAGAUAA